UUAUACACUUUUUUUUGUUCUAUCUUUAGACAGUGCGAGCUAUCAGCUUUGGAUGUGUUAAAAUGCAUGAGACAAGGACAGAGGAUUAGUUAACACGUACAUGGGUGUUUUUUUUAAUAGUGUUAGGAAAAAUCACAAUCACACAAUCACUGUUUUUUAUAAAACAAAUCUCUGUCUGCAUGAAAAUACAAAAACACUCUACUGCCAAGAGCUUGCCAAACUAACAGACGGUGAUAUAACCCUAACCCCAAAGCCUUGUUGGUGAAUAAGCAGCACUGACACUGUGAGUUUUCUGUCUAAACAUCAACACUGACAAACAGUGUUCAUAAAAAGUUUCCCAUGCAAGUUUUCUAAAGGAUUAGUUUUUCAACUUAAACUUAAAAGCUGUGUCUGCACGUGGACACGAGGCCGAGAAGCCUAGAAAGGCCAAAAAUACCCAUGUACGUGUGGUUUGUUAUACACACACACAAGACAUGUGUCUUUGUGUGUAUAACAAACAGUCUUUCUGUACGUUUAUGCUUACAGCAGUGGCUUACAAGCUGAAGGUCUGGACCUCCCCAGAGGGCCAAAAGAUAAAUGUGAGAGGCUAAACGCUACAGGCUGGGAAAGAAAAGCUGUGGAGGAGAAAACAUGUCUCAUAAUUGUAUCUAUGCUAAAAGGACUGGGCAAGUCAUCUCAAACUGUAACGGAAAUAUUACAAAAAUGAAAAACAGGGAGUUAAAAACAGAGUUUCAAGUAUUAGAAAUAUUACUGUAUAUUAGCAUAUUUCUGUCCAAUACGCCAUCAUCUGCCUGAAGACACUGAGGCAGCACGUUAUAGCAUGUUUUUAAGAGUGGGAUUUAAUACCAAAUACCUUUACAAAUUAUCAAAAGGCAUGAUUUUAACCUUAAACUAGUCACAUGUAUCAGAAAGCAACCAAAACAGUUGCCAUGAUUUUAAAAAGUAGGGCUUUAUUUUUUAAGCUGUAAAUUUUGCAUUCAGUGACUCUGACCAGCAUUUCUGAUUUCUCCUUUACUCAAAACAUACGACUUUGAAAAAGAAGCAAAGACAUCUCACUUUGUUCUCAGCACUUCCAAGUGUUGCAAAAAAAAACAACUGAUAAGACUGAAUAGAACAUAAAAGAACCUGCCUGGUUAACAAAAACGAGAAAAGAAAUGUGUUCAGAGGGUUUUAUUUAAUUGUUUUGGGAAAUCUGACAAACAUUAAAAUAAUUGUGCCACUAUAAGUGUUUAAAUACCGUUAAAUUCAUACAGGAAGCAGUAUACAGUGUGGAGUUUCAGAUCCAUUCUUGAUGUUUGGGGUUGAUCAGAUCUGAACUCAAUUUUGGGAUUGAAAAAUAACUAAGAUGUGGGACUUUUCAGAAAAAUCACGCACUGUGUAUGUUAAUUACUACUUAAAAGAUUUCUUCAUUGUGCUUAGAUAAGUAUUAAUAGGGUCUCCAUUAUGUAGGGGUUAAAACAUUUGCCUAAGAAGCAGAAGAUCACACGUUUAGGACCAGGAGAAGAAAGACAUAAAUCCCUGGGAGGAAGGGCACCUGGAAGGACAUCAAAAUCUGUGCCAAAUCAAGUAUGUGGAUCCAUCCACUGUGGCAACCCCCUGCAAAUAAGUGAGCAGCUGAUAGAAGCUGAGAUAAGAGUUAAUAUGAAUAAAUAAGACACUAAUUAACAAAAAUUUGCAAUGCCAUUGUGCUAUGGGGUAUGUUGUAGAUUAUACUGUUUUUCCUAUAUACUGAUUUUUUGUUUAAAUUGAGAUUGUUAACAGUAGUUUUAAAGCAAAAUUAUAAAAAACAAAAAACCCAAAUACAUCAAGUUGACACGUAUUCAGAACAUGUUUCUCUUUUUCAAAACUUUAUGGGGCCUUUUUAAAAUGUAGUAACAAAGGUUGUUGUUUCAGCAUCAAAAUGAAAAAUUAAGAGCCUGUUCUAAAAACUGUGACUGACUUAGAUCAGCCUGUGUCUUUGAUAAAUCCCAUAGAUAACAAGAAUUCACUGUUUGCUUACACAUUAUGUAUGCAUGCAUUGCAAAUACUUGUGUUGCUCAUUAAUGGCACUUGAUUAAGUUCAGUCCUUUAUCAGGAUCGGUGCCUCUGCAGUUUUAAAAUGUCAUAAUUUCUUCAUACAGAUAAGUGAGUGGCUUAAAAACCAAUUAUGGAUCCAAUUUUAUACAUUUUCAGGUGACGUCAUUUGCAUAACAAUACACCAAUGGUGAAGGCAGUGUAAAGAAUAAAGAAUGUUGUUAGUGACCAUCACUAAUGAGUGUGAUGUCGUUCUUGUUAAUGAGUCAUUGACUGACUGUAAAUGUGCCCCCCUCUGUGGUGUCAGCUUUACAACCUGGUGGGGACAAUUUACAGCCCGAGGUGAUCUGAGUCUUAGCUGCAGGAUAUACAAAGUGUGACUAGAUAAUGUGACUCAGCUCUUGUAAGUAAAACGAGCUAUAGUGUCAAUUUUUAAUAGUCAGUUGUAGAGGAUGUUAAUGUGGCUCACAUGAGUAUGCCCUGAAGAACAAUGGUACAUGAACAUGGAAAAGAGGAUCUGAAAGAGCUUCUGUUCUGGAAAGAAGAAUUUGACAGUCACAGAGAGACAAUAAGAUUGAUAACCUCACCUGACCUAAUGGUUAUACUCAGCUUUAUUUACAUACACCUGUAAAAGUGAUUUAAGUCACUUUUACAGGUGUAUGUUAAUCAAACCAACUAGUCUGCUUUAUUUUACAUUUCAGAGUUUAUUGAAUUAAAAUGUGUAAAUCUUUAAAUACUGAGAGGCAUUUCUAUUUAUUUUCAGAACAUACACACAAAAUAUAUACAUCAUAUAUGAUCUCUAUGACAGUGCUAGGUAAAAACUGAGAACAUUUAUAUUAGAUUACAAUAAUCUGCAUUCAGUGAGUGCAUAGUUAAUAAGAAUACUGGUUAUGCAUUAUAAGGCUGAUCACGGGAAUGCCCAUAGUGUACAGAAAAUACCAAUGAUUUUAAAUAAUAAAAUAUACAUCUGGAACAUUGCACACAUGAAUGACUAUCACGCUUUUAUUUGGAAUCAGUUUCAACAGAUGGGACUAAGUAAUAUCUAUACUCUAUAAGGCAGUCUCGACAACUAAUUUUUAUAACCUUUUGCUGUAAUUGAAACUCUUGAGUGCAGUGUGCAAACUGAGGACGUUUUCACAUAGGCAGAGGAAAAUGCCAGGGGUAGCUUAGAGUUCAUCUACAGCCCGUGGCCUCCUCAGGUCUGUUAAUAAGCAUAGACUUUUAAAGUUUAUGCACAACAAAUACUUUUUUUUUUUUUGGCUUAUGAUUCGCCUGUUGUUGUCAGUUAAAAACGUCAUUUAGAGAAAUGAGGAGAUGCAAGCUGAAGACAGCUAAGGAUGAAAUAGAUUUUAUUCUUUGUGCUGUGUUAAACAGGGAGCACACGCCAAGCAUCCACAUGGGUUAACAAAGUGGAUAGGGCAGAGUAAGCACCCCGGGCAAGAUUCAGUAAAAGAGGUGCCCUUCCAAAACAAAGGCUCUAACUGUUUGCACCACAUCCUGACAUCAAGUGAUACACCAUAAAGUAAUAAAUACAGAUUUUUACAUAAAACAACACACAUUUAAAAAGGCUCAUUGUAUUUGACAGAGAUUUCCUGACAUGCAUAACUAAUUAAGUUUCUUGCCUUUUAAAAGAUGAGCUGGUGUGUCUGUCCUCCUAUUAGCAGCCUUAGUCGUCUGGUGCAACCAAGAAGGAAGCAGCUAGAGCACUCCUCAGUUUAGAGUUGUUUUUUUUGUCUUUUUAAAUCGGACAUCUAAAACAGGAAAUGAUGCUUGAGAUGCUUGGAUAUCAGCCUUGUGAGGUUCAGACUCACCUGGAGAACCCAACCAAGUACCACAUCCAGCGGUCCCAGCAGCAGCAGGUGAAGAGGUACCUGGGAAAGCUUGGUUCUCAGGCGUUGAGCUUGCCCUGCCCCAACCAGUCCUCUGACCACGGGGGCAUGCCGCCAGGGCCGGGCAACAGUGCCCCUAACAGCCCUAUGGCCUUAUUGACCCUCAACUCUAACUGCGAGAAAGAGAUGGACGAUGUAAUUGAUGACAUUAUUAGUCUGGAGUCCAGUUACAGCGAUGAUAUCCUCGGCCUAAUGGAUCCAGGACUUCAGAUGGCAAACACGAUCCCUGUGCCAGCUAACCUCAUGGACAUGUAUGGCAAUCAGGGUAUGCCCCAACAAGGUCUGCCCAUCAGCAACUCCUGCCCUGCCAACCUGCCAAACAUCAAAAGGGAAUACUCUGUUUCACAAUCCCCGGCCAUCAUGCAUAUGCUGGACAAGUCAGGAUCCUGUGGCAAAUUUGACACCUAUCAAAGGCCUGAAGGGUUCCCUGUGGAAGCAGAGGUAAGAGCCCUGGCAAAGGAGAGGCAGAAGAAGGACAACCACAAUUUGAUCGAGAGAAGGCGGCGGUUUAACAUCAAUGAUCGAAUUAAGGAGUUGGGAACUUUAAUUCCAAAAUCAAAUGACCCAGACAUGCGCUGGAACAAAGGCACUAUCCUGAAGGCAUCAGUGGACUACAUCAGGAAGCUCCAGCGGGAACAGCAGAGGGCCAAGGAGCUGGAGAAUCGUCAGAAGAAGCUUGAGCAUGCCAACCGGCAUCUGAUGUUGAGAAUACAGGAAUUAGAGAUGCAGGCGCGGGCUCACGGUCUGGCCAUUGCAUCUUCAGCGCUCUGCUCUGCUGAAAUUGGGGUACGGACCAUCAAGCAAGAGCCUGCUCUGGAGGACUGUCACCAGGACCUGUACACACUCCAUCCCCAUCACCAACACCACCCCGCCUGCACUCCUGAAACACCCAGCAACCUCGAGCUAAACGAAGGCCACUCUAACUUCUCCGAGGGCCACUACGGCGUCCACAGUAAGUCGGGCUCCAAACUCAACGACAUCCUCAUGGAAGACACCUUAUCACCGGUGAGGGGGGGCGACCCUUUGCUCUCAUCCGUCUCCCCAGACACCUCAAAGGACAGCAGUCGCAAGAGCAGUGUAAGCAUGGAUGAGAAUGAGCAGGGUUGUUAGCACCCCCUACUGGAACACUCCUCCCCUGCAUUUUCAGCCCCUCCACCUACUGCUACAAGUCAGUGGCUAACACACUUUGAGCUGCUGGAAAAGCUUUCUUCUGUUUAUUCUCCUUCCUCUGUUUGUUUUAUUCCCCCUCUCCCCCACCUGUGUUUACAUGUAUUGAAUCUUUUUCCAAAUUGUUUGUUUGUUUUCUCGUGUUGUCUUUUCAAGCCCUUGACCCUGAUUUCAAGGACUGAUUUUUUUAAGUGUUUGCUUUAAUCAAUACUUUGAUGACAAUGAGUUACAAAAAUAGAAGUUUUUAUAUUUAAAAAAAAUAUGCAUUUAUCUCUGGAUAGAGGCUAGAUUAUCCUUUUUUUCUAUUGAUUCCAAAGAAUCUAGGGAAAUUAUAAAUCAUGGUCAGAAAUGUAGAUAUUUUGUGGUGAGAUAAGCACUGCUUUUUAAAUCAAUAGCAAUAAUAGAAGGAAAAAAGAUCUAUUUAUUACUAUAGUGCUUUACACUCUGUGUGUCUUAGAUUGAACUUGAAUGUGCCAAUGCCUUAUUAAGAUGUGUAUACAUCGUUGUCGUAUUGCUAUGCACGUGUUGGCUGUUAGAGUCUUUGUCAGUCUUCCAGUUGAAAUUUCUUGCUUGACAAAUAUUAAAUCAUCUGUAGAUUAUAUAAAUACACACACGUGUGUAAACAAGAUGUUAUGAAUACAUUCCCCUUAAAGUUAAUUUAUUACAUGGAUUUUGAAAGAGCCAAUAUUAAUAAAUUAAAGCACAUUUAAGAAAUUAAUAAAUGAAAGCUAGAAUCUCUCUUUUAAGAUAAUUACAAUGAACUCAUUACUUGAGAAUAAUUUUAGUCUUUUAUUCAGUGUUAUACAUUCACCACACACUCUUUAACUACCCAGUGCCAAUAACAGACACAGUGUGUUACCAGUACAUUCCUCAUUGCCAAAACUGCCAAAAUACCCCCAAAUUUGUCUGAAAACUAGUAGAAUAAAAAUAGGCUACAAAUGGUCUGACAAGAAGCUGUUGUCACUUGAUAGCUCUAAAUACUAUUAAUUAUAGAAAUCUUUAUUUAUUUAUUUUUUUGAUCUAAUAGACGUUAAUCAAUUAUUGUAAUGUGUAUUUUUAUCUUUAGUGAUCAGACAGACAUAACUGGUUGAACUUAGAGUAUUCCAGCACAGACUCCAUACUGUAGUACUACAGGCCUGUUAAUCUCAGAUUUUACAAAUGUCCAUUGAUUUCCUAAAUUAUUCUUGUUGUUUUUUUGUUUUUUUUUGAUAUACCACGUCAGUGAUAUUUCACAUUCAGGACAUUUUUUUUCAUGAUGUGAACAUUUAUGUUGCCAAGGAGUAUAAGGAGACUGCUUUGGGAUUUUGUAUGAAACGCGUGACAUUGUCAAAACACUGGAAUGACUUCUGAUAAUUGAAACCUGGUUUGUUUGCCUGUCUCUCUUUUAAAUCCAAGCAUAAACUAACUAUUUCAAAUGCAUACAGAAUCUUGUGAAAAGCUGUGGAUUCUUGGAUGGUUGUUGUAUAUUUCCACAGUUUGUUUUGAACAGUUCUAGCAUGUUCCAUAGGUAUGCCUUUUUAAUAACCACCUGCCAUAUACUACGAGCCCUGUUACAGCACAGCCUCCAUUUUGUCAAACUAUGCAAUGGUUAAAGUUGUGCCUGUAAAGCAGCAUCAUGUCUUCAAAGGGUUUUCUAUUUAUGAUUGAGUCUGAAAUGGUGUCGAGGCAAUUAUCUUUUCAUUUAAGUGCCUUAAACUUGUUUUGUUUUUUUUACCUGAAGAUGAAAGAGAAGGAAAAAAAAUGUUUUGUUGAUGUUUAUAUUGGUGUGUGGAGCUUCAUAGAGCGCUACAGUCUGUUAAAGAGCUACACUACAAGUCCCUCAAACAAAAGAACCACGAGUAUUGUUAUUAUGGAACGCCAAAGUGUUCAACAUUAAUUAAGGAAGUAAAUUAGGAAAUAAGUAAUUAUAAAUGCCGAGUAAAAUGUAUAAGUAAUUAAUAAUUAUAUCCUGUCAUAGUAUUUGAAUUAGUGUUCUGUAUCAUUAAUCACUUAGUAAUUACUUAGUAUGUUGACUGACUUAGAAAUCUAUUGACUUCUUCAACCACUGAGACCACUGAAGUCAUGGUAGCAGCAGGCUGAGCAGGGGAUACCUGAUGUCCUUUCCCCAGCAGAGCUUACCAUUUUCUGCUUGGUAACACCAAGGUGUUUCCAGGCUUAAUAAGAUAAAUAAUCCCUGGUCUCCCCAAGGGUCUUCUCUCAAAUGGGUGUACCCAGAAAACCUCCAAAGUGAAGCCCCCAGGAGGUAUCGUAAGUAGAUGUCCAAACCAACCCAACUGCGUCAUUUCAACAUCUCUGAGUUCCUUCCAGAUAUCCAUGCUCCUCAUCCUGUCUCUAAGGCUGAGCUCAGCCAACCAUACUAUACUUGCAAAUACAGAUCUACAGGUCUAAUAAAGAUCUGGUUGUUAACUACCAAAGUAACCUCUGUAAGUGCAAUUGGCGAGCCUUCCUUCACGAGUGCCACCAGGUCCUUAGGUUGCCGCCGCAACAGGCACCAAUGACCUUUUGAGCAGAGCUAAUGCCAGCCACCUUUGCAAUAGAGGCUUUGAAUAUGAACAAAAAUGAGCUGCUGAGCCACUGAUUCUUAAAGUGGGGAACCUGGAUGAUCAGGGUAAUAUAUACAGUGAAUAUAUUCACACGAUUUCUGUAAGGAAAAUAAUCAAAGAUGGCUGUCAUGCUAACCUUCUAGAGUGUUUUUUUUUUCACUACCAAAAAACAUUGCCCAUCCCAGUCCUGCAUUUACCUGAAAGUGUCGUUGUGCAGUGCUACAGCUUCACAAAGCCAGUAAUGACGCUGUAGACUAAUAGUGUUAUUAUAAUUGACUUAUUUAUAUACCUAUGAUUAAUAUUCAAAUACUAUAUAUAUAUUUAUGUAGUACCGAACACUUUGGAACUCCAUAUUUUGUAGCUCUUCAUUUUAUUUUUUUAAAUGAAAUUUUACACUGAAGGCAGUGUUUCUUAGGUUUCUAGGUGACAACUUUGAAUGUAGGUCUCAGUAAUAACUGCCAAAUUGUGUGCCAACAUGAAGGCAAUACAUUUCUACAAAGACACAACCUGCAAAGCAAAGCCACCUUUCUUAGUGGUGUUUAACCUCUUUUGUUAUAAGCAAUAUAUGGAUCAUGACCCAAAGGUUAUAUGUAAAAUGCAAAUAAGUAGACGGUUAGAGUUCACUCUUGUAUGUGGAAAGAACAUUGUAGAGAAUAUAACUCAAGAGCUCAGCUAUCUUACAGUGUUGCUAUCCAAUGAGGACGCUAACUAUGAAAUCCAGGUUCUUGAACAAGCUGAGAAGUGAACCUUGAGUUAAUAUGUUGGUUUGUUUGGGUUUUUUGUCAUUGAUGAAGCUUCGGUGGACUGUAGAUUGUUUCUUAUGGUGACACAGGUCCAGGGACUGAUUCGAAACAGUACAACACCCGCAUACCUGUAACAUGGAUCUGUGGCUAAACGUAGAACAGAUAAAUCAAAUAACCCUAAAAUGUGACUGUAAGGAAGGAUAUAAACAUUACACUAUGUGGUGGCAGUUACAUAAAGCUGUCACUUAACUCGUUUCUCAUAAUGACUCUCUGAGCUGUAAAUUGUUAUGGCAUGUUAUGGAUAAACCACUAAUGAAAAACUAUGGUAUGUUAGCUCAAUUUAGGCCUUGUCUUCUAAUUGUCAUUCCUGUGGUUCAUACAAACAAAGUUCUCUGCUGAUGUUGCUACCGUUCUUAUUGUUACAGUUUAUAAGAGAUGAAUGUAGCAGUAGUUACUGUACCCACUGGUUUCAGAUUAGUGAGCUCAAACUCGAUGGUACUCAAUGUGGAAACUAUCUUGUGAGAAAUAUUAAAAGUUUUAUUUGAA